AUAGACCAAGAACUCGAAGUUUGAAGCUGCACCACACCUACUGUAUCGCCAACUUUAUCCUUUUGUCUUAAAAAAAGAAAAAAUCAAAUCAAUUCUUUGAAAUAAUCCAAUCUGCCAAUUUUUCAGUGGCUCUGGUGUUGCCAAUGUGUUCUAAAUUAUAUCCCCAUCAAAACCAACAUUUAUUUACUGACACAAAACACUAAACACACACAACAACACUGCACUAUAUUACACUUGCACCAUUCUCUCAUUCGUGGGUUAGUUAGUAAUUCACGGGACAUAGAAACAGAUACCUGCAUAGAAACAGGUUAGGAACUGAGUUUGCUGUUUUUAUCAUUAAGAAAGAUACAGUAAUCAUACGUCAUGGCACCAAAGGCGUUAGACUAUGAAUCACUGAAUGAAAACGUGAAGAAGGUGCAGUAUGCUGUCAGAGGAGAGUUGUAUCUUCGAGCUUCUGAGCUUCAGAAGGAAGGGAAGAAGAUUAUUUUCACAAAUGUUGGCAAUCCGCAUGCUCUAGGACAGAAGCCGCUAAGUUUUCCUCGCCAGGUGGUUGCUCUCUGCCAAGCUCCAUUUCUACUAGAUGAUCCUAAUGUAGGACUGCUAUUCCCCGCAGAUGCAAUUGCAAGGGCCAAACAUUAUCUUUCAUUGACUUCUGGUGGUCUAGGUGCUUACAGUGACUCCCGAGGUCUCCCAGGAAUUAGGAAGGAGGUUGCCGAAUUUAUUGAAAGGCGUGAUGGAUAUCCAAGUGAUCCAGAGCUCAUAUUUCUAACCGAUGGUGCCAGCAAAGGUGUGAUGCAGAUCUUGAACUCAAUAAUUCGAGGUGAAGGUGAUGGGGUAUUGGUUCCAGUCCCACAGUAUCCGCUUUACUCUGCUGCAAUAUCUCUGUUUGGUGGUUCCCUUGUACCAUAUUUCCUAGAAGAGACUGCAAAUUGGGGUCUUGAUGUUAAUGAUCUGCGACAAGCAGUUUCCCAAGCUCGUGCUAAAGGAAUAACUGUAAGAGCAAUGGUGAUUAUUAAUCCAGGAAAUCCCACUGGCCAGUGUCUUAGUGAAGAUAAUUUAAGGGAAAUAUUGCGCUUCUGUUACCAUGAAGACUUGGUUCUUCUUGGAGAUGAAGUUUAUCAGCAGAACAUAUACCAGGAUGAGCGGCCGUUUAUUAGCUCUAGAAAGGUUUUGCUGGAUAUGGGGCCACCAAUAAGCAAGGAAGUCCAACUUGUUUCUUUCCACACUGUCUCCAAAGGAUACUGGGGUGAAUGUGGUCAGCGGGGGGGAUAUUUUGAGAUGACCAACAUUCCUGCUAAGACAGUUGAUGAGAUUUAUAAGGUUGCAUCCGUAUCACUCAGUCCAAAUGUGCCUGCACAGAUAUUUAUGGGGCUGAUGGUCAACCCUCUUAAACCUGGUGACAUUUCGUAUGAGCAGUAUGUUAGGGAAAGCAAAGGAAUCCUUGAAUCGCUGAGAAGAAGAGCAAGAAUCAUGACUGAUGGAUUCAACAGCUGCAGAAAUGUGGUUUGCAACUUCACAGAAGGUGCCAUGUAUUCAUUUCCUCAAAUACGGUUGCCACCCAAAGCAAUAGAGGCUGCCAAAAGGGCUGGAAAAGUUCCUGAUGUUUUCUACUGUCUGAAGCUUUUGGAAGCCACUGGCAUUUCCACAGUUCCUGGUUCAGGAUUUGGACAGAAAGAAGGGGUGUUUCACUUGAGAACAACUAUUUUACCAGCUGAAGAAGACAUGCCAGCAAUCAUGGCCAGUUUCAAGAAGUUCAAUGAUGAGUUCAUGGAGGAAUAUGAAGACCAUAGGGGUUAUUCAAGGAUGUAAGCAAUGUUGCAAUCCUCAAAAUGUAUCAUAUUUUUUUUAGCUUUUGUACACCAUUUUAUAAGUGCUCCUUGAAUUACCUCUAUUUGGCCAUAAUUCUGUUAAAAAAUUUCUUUCUCCUCCUACUAUCAUCACUCACAAUAUAAAUUCUGUUUGAAUUCCCUCA